GCUGCUUUGCCUGGAUUCGGACUUGCUUUAGGCUACUUUCGGAAUUGCAUCCGGAUUUGCCUUGUUUUGUUUUUGGUGAAACUUUAGUUUUGAGCGGCUAAAGUAAAGAUCAUUCUGACAUUGUAAGUUGGUGGAGUGGCCCUCAGGAUGUCAGGAUCCGUUCACCAGUCCCAGAAACAGCAGCUUCAACAGCUGGAGCGGCAGCAUCAGUUUGAAAGCAGCUAUUACCUCGGCACCAAGUCAUCCGUUAGCCAGAGGUCUUACGCUACUCACAAGAGCAGCCAUAGCCUGAAAACCUCUGUGAAGACAGAGAAGGGGCAGGAGACGGUUAAAUUGAGUUCUGUAGCCAAGAAAGCCAAGCACUCCUAUCUGGCCAUGGACACAGACAAUGAAGUCAUUGGAUACGUCGUUCCUGUAUUCAGGACCAAUCAUGAUGUAGUGCGGGGUCUGUCGGAGGCACAGGAGGAGGUGAGAGAAGAGGGGGUCCACUACGUGGCCAUGAGGAACCUGUUUUUGAGGGAAUCCAGGGAGGCUAUGGAGUUCAGAGUGGAGAAGAAGACCAGAACGACACACGUCAGAGAAUCCGCUGAGCAUGUGGAACUGGGCAAGACGAUGGAGGAAUGGACAGAGUUCCGUAAGAAAAUGAACCCGGACAGUCUGACCCACCCACCCGAGUUCAUUGUCAGGCCACGCGGACAGACUGUCUGGGAGGGCAAGACUGUCAAACUGCAUUGCACUGUAGCCGGCUGGCCCAAACCUAGGGUUGCUUGGUACAAAAACAAUGUGCUCAUUGAUGCCAAAGCCCACCAUGAGAAAUACACAAUAGAGAGCAAUUACAACAUGCACUCCCUGGAAAUCAAGAACUGUGAUUUCUUUGACACAGCACAAUAUCAUGCCUCUGCCCUAAACAUGAAGGGAGAGUCCUCUAUAGUGGCUACCGUUGUUGUCAAACGGUUCCAGGAUGGUGAGGAGAAAGGUCCCCUUGACCCUAAACCACAUGGUUUCUGCCCUGAGCACGGCGUUACAUUUGAGACAGCCAUCAUUGACAAUUUCGAAGUAGCCUUUGGGCGUGAGGGUGAGACCUUGAGCUUGGGCUGCACUGUCAUCGUUUAUCCCACCAUCAAGAAAUACCAGCCUGACGUCGUUUGGUACAGAGACUCUGUUGCUUUGAAGCCGUCCAAGUGGGUCCAUAGCCACUGGAGCGGGGAGCGUGCCAUGCUCACCCUCGUCCACCUCAACAAGGAAGAUGAGGGCAUGUACACCCUGCGUGUCAACACCAAGUCUGGCUUUGAGACCUACUCUUCCUAUGUGUUUGUCCAAGAUGCUGAGGAGGAGGUGGAGGGGGUUCCCGUAGCUCCGCUAGAUGUGCACUGUCAUGAUGCCAACAAGGACUAUGUGGUGGUGACCUGGAAGCACCCAGCAGUGGAGGGCAGCAGCCCCAUCUUGGGGUACUAUGUUGACAGGUGCGAGGUGGGCAACCACCACUGGGCCCAGUGCAAUGAUGCCCCAGUCAAAUACGCCCGCUUUCCCGUCACGGGGCUUGUGGAGGGACGCUCUUACAUCUUCAGGGUGCGGGCCCUGAACGGGGCAGGAGUCAGCCGUCCCUCCCGUGUGUCCGAGGCCGUGAUAGCCAUGGAUCCUUCUGACAGAGCCCGCCUGAGAGCCGACCCAUCAGCUCCGUGGACUGGGAUGAUCAAAUUCACCGAGGAGGAUCCCACAGUGGGUGUGGUCCCAGGAGAGCCUAGUGAUGUGGUGGUUACCGAGGCAACAAAGAGCUACGUGGUGCUGGGAUGGAAACCCCCUGUCCAGAGAGGUCACGAAGGGGUCAUGUAUUACAUCGAGAAGUGUAUCUCAGGAACAGACAACUGGCAGAGGGUAAACACGGGUAUGCCAGUCAAGUCUCCCCGCUUUGCCCUGUUUGACCUGGCGGAAGGCAAGGCCUACAGCUUCCGCGUGCGCUGCUGCAACUCUUCCGGCGUGGGUGAGCCCUCUGCUGCCACCAGUGACAUCACUGUCGGAGACAAACUCGAGCUGCCCUCAGCCCCGGGCAGUGUUGUGGCCACCAGGAACACAGACACCUCAGUAGUUGUGUCCUGGGGGGCUUCGAAGGAUGUCAAACACCUCAUGGGCUACUACAUUGAAUGUUGUGUGGUGGGCAGUGAUGUCUGGAUGCCCUGCAACAACAAGCCUGUCGAGAUGACCAGGUUUGUUUGCCAUGGCCUGAGCACAGGGGUGAACUAUGUGUUCAAGGUGAAGGCGGUCAAUGCAGCUGGAUACAGCCACAGCUCCCCUGACUCUGAGGCCGUGGUCGUGAAGGCUGCCAUCUCCAUCUCUGGAAAGCCCAGCCAUGUAACCCUGCAGGAGGCUGCCAAGGACUACAUGGUGCUGAGCUGGAAUGCGCCAGCCGAUGAUGGAGGAGCCGACAUCAGGGGUUACUUUGUCGAUUACAGGACUGUGAAGAGCGGGGUCACCGGGAAGUGGCAUGAGAUGAACCACCAGGCUGUCACCACCACCUCUUACAAAGCUGAGAACCUGAAGGAGAACGUCUUCUACCACUUCCAGGUGCGUGCCAUGAACAUGGCAGGUGUGAGCAAGCCUUCUCUGCCCAGUCACUCUCUGGAGUGUAAGGAAUGGACCCUCACUGUGCCAGGGGCUCCCCGUGGAGUCCAUGUGCUGGAGGUCCGUGACACCUCCCUGGUGAUCCUGUGGGAACUACCUGCAUUUGAUGGCCGCAGUCCCGUCAAUGGAUACUAUGUGGACGUUAAGGAGGCAUCGGCUGGAGAAGACGGCUGGAAGGCCCUCCAUGAGAAGGCCAUUAAAGUGAAGUACAUGAAGGUGACUGGUCUGAAAGCUGGAGCAUCCUACGUGUUCCAUGUGCGUGCUCAGAAUCUGGCUGGAGUUGGAAAGCCUUCUGCAGUCCUAGGACCUGUCCUGGCCCAGACCCGUCCUGGCACCCAUGAAAUUGUUGUGGACGUUGAUGACGACGGUGUGAUUUCUAUGAUAUUUGAGUGCUCCGACAUGGCCGAGGGCUCUGAGUUCGUCUGGUCCAAGAACUACAAGGCCAUCACAGAUACCUCUCGCCUCACUGUUGUCACUGAAAAGGGCAAGUCCAGAGCUAUCUUCAACGAUCCCUCCCUGGAGGAUCUGGGUAUCUUCUCCUGUGAGGUUACCAACACUGAUGGCAUCUCCUCCAGCUAUACUCUCACCGAGGAGGGUCUCAAACGUCUUCUGGACAUCAGCCACGAACACAAGUUCCCUGUUAUUCCCUUUAAGACUGAAAUGUCCAUGGAACUACUGGAGAAGGGCCGUGUACGCUUCUGGACCCAGGUGGAGAAAUUUUCCUCGGCCUGCCAAGUGGAGUAUGUGUUCAAUGAUGUCAUCGUCACAGAGGGAGAGAAAUACUCUAUGAGCUUUGACAAGACUACUGGCAUCAUUGAGAUGUUCAUGGACUCUCUGGAGGUCACCGAUGAGGGUACUUUCACCUUCAACCUUGUGGACGGCAAGGCCAAGGGUACAACCAGCCUGGUGCUUAUUGGAGAGGAGUUCAGAGAGCUUCAGAAGAAAUCCGAAUUUGAAAGGGCAGAGUGGGUCAGGAAACAAGGUCCUCACUUUGUGGAGUACCUUGAUUUCACUGUCACCUCGGAAUGCAAUGUGCUUUUGAAGUGCACGAUAGGAAACAUCAAGCCAGAGACUAAGAUUACCUGGUACAAGGACAAACUUGAGAUCGAAGAGGAUGACGAGGACGCCAAAAAGAUCGAGAAAAACGAUGUCGUGUUGACCUUUAAUAUUGGAAAGAUUUCCAAGCAGGAUGCAGGAAUUUACGAAGUCAGGCUGAAGGACGAGCGAGGCAAAGAUAAGAGCACGUUCAAUCUGACUGAUGAAGGCUACCAGGCUGUUAUGAAUGAGCUGUUCAGGGUUAUUGCCAACUCCUCCACUGAGGUCAGCGUGCUCAGUACUGAGCAUGGCAUCAUCCUCUACUCCAAUGUCACUUACUACACUGAAGAACAGCGUGUUGGCUGGCUUCACAAAGAUGCUAAGAUCGCCAGCUCGGACAGGGUGCAGUCCGGUGUCACGGGAGAGCAGCUUUGGCUCAAAAUCAAUGAACCCACUGAGAAGGACAAGGGCAAAUACACCAUGGACAUCUUUGACGGCAAGGACGGACUCAAGAGGGUCUUUGACCUGUCUGGAAAGGCAUGGGAAGAGGCGUUUGAAGAGUUCCAGAGGCUGAAAGCGGCAGCAAUUGCAGAGAGAAACCGUGCUCGUGUCAUUGGAGGCUUGCCAGAUGUGGUUACAAUCCAAGAAGGCAAGUCCCUGAAUCUGACUGGCAAUGUGUGGGGCGAUCCUACGCCUGAGGUGUGCUGGGUGAAAAACGACAAGGAGCUGCAGUCCGAUGACCGCUACACCCUCAAGUUUGAGCACGGGAAGUUCGCCAGCAUCACCAUCGCUGCGGUCAGCACGGCCGACUCGGGCAAAUAUGCCCUGCUUGUCAAGAACAAGUACGGAAAAGAGGCCGGCAAGUUUACCGUCAGCGUCUACUUCCCAGAGGAUGAGGAAAGCAAGGAGAAGGAGUGAAGGACAAUCUAUUUUGAUAAGAGAAAGCGGAUGAGGAAGAUGGAUGGCCAGGCCAUCUCCAAAGCCUUUUACCUCAGUGCAUGUCUGUGUACCAAAGCAGCCUAAAUAAAAGAUGAAUCUGGGUAGAAAAUGA